CUGGCCACCGUAGAUCAUCGCACUGGUCUGGAUGGCUUUUCUGUUUCUUCUGUGCUUCGUUCAUUUUCGUUAAGUCUCAAAAUAUAUUGGAUACUUGUGCCACAGAAUAAGAUUUUUUUUUGCCUCACUGGACUUUAUCUAAUAUUCAAACGACUGUUAGCGUUGGAGAAAUAUUUUUGAGGAUAAACAACGUCACGUUUUUUAUUUACAACACCCCCGGUUGAGCUCAGCUAAUAAGCUAGCUUCGCUGUGCUACUUCGGCGGCUCUCAGAAUGUUUUAUCGGAAAACUGUGAAAGUUCUUUGCGGGCUCGCUGGAGGCUCCGCCGUCUUGGUGUUUGCUGACUCUCGUGGAUACCUAGGGGAGCCCAGCGGGGAGGCCAGGAGGGUUUGGAGGUCCAAGUUCCCCGUUCUUCAAGCUGCACAGCCGGCGUGGACACCGGGCACCCAUACUCCAACGCCGACCGGACACGCUUGGGACUUCAACUGGGACAAGAGAGACCCGUCCGUGCUGUCCAAUGGGAAGAGGAAAGAGAGCUCCACAGAAGACCCCAGCUCAGAGCAGGACAACAGCAAGCCCAAGGCAACGCGCAACAUCCUCCUCAUCAGACACUCCCAGUAUAACCUGAGCGGCACCAGCGAUAAAGAUCGGAUCCUCACUCCAUUAGGCCGGGAGCAGGCCGAGUUCACGGGUCAGAGAUUAGCGGCGCUGGGAUUGAAGUAUGACGUGCUAAUUCACUCCAGCAUGGCCAGGGCCACGGAGACGGCACAGAUCCUCAGCAAAUAUCUCCCAGGUGUGGACCUGGUUAGUUGUGACAUGCUGAGAGAAGGAGCACCGAUUCAGCCUGUUCCACCCGUCACUCACUGGAAGCCUGAUGCUGUGCAGUACCACGAAGACGGAGCUCGCAUCGAGGCAGCUUUCCGCCGCUACAUCCACCGAGCUGACCCCAAGCAGAAGGAGGACAGCUAUGAGAUCAUCGUGUGUCAUGCCAAUGUCAUCCGUUAUUUUGUCUGCAGAGCUCUUCAGUUCCCCCCUGAGGGUUGGCUGCGUAUGGGCUUGAACAACGGCAGCAUCACAUGGAUCACCAUCCGCCCAAGCGGCAGGGUGGCCCUCAGGACUUUGGGAGACACGGGAUUCAUGCCUGUGGACAAAGUAACGCGCACCUGAAGGCCUCCACAAGCAGCUAACUGGAACUCGGUGUCUUGCAGGGUCAAACUCAAGUUUUCUCCUCAAGUGUCUUAACUGUUUUUGGUGUUUUCUGAAACUAAUUCACCUUCUUAUCAUCUGGCUGGGCGGAGUUUAUUACUUUUGUGCCAUGGAAGACCAGCAGAAGUGAUUUCCAGCUCAACUCUUGAAUGUAAAUUUCUUUUUUUUUACACUGAUGACUGAUUUUAAACCAAAAAGAGCUUUGAAUUUGUAUAGCUGUGCUAAAACUUUGUUAGCUCCACAUCAAUAAAGUGCAGGUUUUGUGUUGUA